ACUAAUUUAUUCAAGUCAGAGAAUGUUGCAUAUAAUUCAUGCAUGGCGUGCGUUUGCUCUGCUAAGAGAGAACAAAAGGAAACCCUGGGGCAAGAGGCAGUUAAGAAAGAUUCUAAGUAAUUGCAUAAGAUCACGGAAAAAGGAAUUGUGUCUUACUGUCACUAACAGUAAUUGACGCGUGUUAUGUUAUCUGCUUACGCAUGAGGGGGUGUGAAACCUGACAUAUAAAACAGUAUGACAUAUGCUUCCUCUUUGAGAUCUAUGCAGAGGGUGACGUUGUGUACAUCUCCCACAUAUGUGUUUAAUAAAUAAUUGUUGUUGACUGGACUUGAUCUGAGUAUUGGUUGUUUAUUCUCAGCACAUCAAAAAAGAAUCGGGACAGUUUUUGGCGUUUCUGCCCGGUUGAUGUGAGUCUGAGUGUUAAAUUGAGGAGGACAGAGUCCAGUGUCAGACGGACAGGAAUCAGGAGAUCAAUCGGGUGGACGGGGCCCACUAAAUUAAAGAGAUGUGCCAUCCAAGCUUGCUGGCACUUGCAGUGCUGCUAUGCUCUACAUUGUUGGUAAAUGGAGGGAAAGUCUUGGUGUUCCCUGUGGAUGGAAGUCACUGGAUCAACAUGAAUAUCAUCAUCGCAGAGCUUCACUCCAGAGGUCAUGAAGUCACAGUGGUGCGGCCAAACGACACCUGGUACAUCAAGUCAGAGUCCCCUCACUACAAGACCAUCACUAUAAAUUCCUCAGCCGGAUUUGAUGAAGAGCGCUUUGGGGGAUUUGUUAUGAAAACACUAAUCAUGCGUCGACAAGGUGCUUCACUUUGGACACGUUUAUCAAUGGAAUAUGAUUUAGUGAAAGAGUUUUAUGAAAUGAAUAAGAAAGUGCUUGAGAUGGUGGAAUGCAUGUUUGAGGAUACCAAGCUGAUGCAGAGCCUCCAUGAUGCCAAAUAUGAUUUGGUUCUGACUGAUCCUUGGACAGGUGCAGGUGUUUUUAUGGCUCACCGUCUGCAUCUUCCACUUGUCUUUAAUGUCCGAUGGACUAUUCAGGGUGAAGGCCAUUUUGCAAUUGCACCUUCUCCACUCUCUUACAUACCUACACCAAGGUCAGAGCUGACUGACAAGAUGACUUUCAUUCAGCGUGUCAAGAAUGUGCUCUACUUUUUCUUCUUAACUUUACAUACUUGGUACGUCAUAGAACCAAACUGCAAACCAUUUGUCCAUCGUCAUUUUGGCAGUGAUGUACAUUACAUGGAGCUGUUUCAGUCAGCAGACAUCUGGCUGAUGAGAAACGAUUUCACCUUUGAGUUCCCUCGACCCACAAUGCCAAACGUUGUCUACAUGUCAGGAUUUCAGUGCAAACCCUCCAAGCCCCUGUCUAAAGAGCUAGAGGACUUUGUGCAGAGCUCAGGUGAACAUGGUGUCAUUGUGAUGACACUGGGAUCUAUAGUGGAAAAACUUCCAGAGGACAUCACUGAAGACAUUGCUGCUGCUUUUGCAGAACUUCCUCAGAAGGUGAUUUGGAGGCACAAAGGCAAAAGACCAUCCACCCUUGGUAAUAACACGCGAAUCUUGGACUGGUCAGGUGACUAUGGAGGCCAGGCCAUCUGGCACAGCACUCUAUCACUCUCCUUCUUUAUCAAAUAG